UUCCCACCGGAGCGCUAGGAGGACGCCGGAGUCUGCAGCGCCCCCGCCCCCUCGCUUUUUCUUUCUUUCCCUGCUUUGGGUUCUUGCUGUCUGGAGCCGGGAGAGGUUCCGAGAAGAGAGCGGCGGGAGAGCAGGUUUCUGCCGCGUUGCUCGAACGGGAGGGAGCUUAGGGGCGCAGCAUCCUCGGUGUCCACCCGGGAUCGCAGCUGCACGGGCCGACAUGUGACGGAGGAAAGCCCUCAGCAUCAUCGGUGGCCACCUUCAAAAGGGUCCCAGAGCACUCGCCCAGGCCGGCAGCCAGAUCCUCUUAGCCUGCAGCAACGCGGGACGGAGCGGCAAAGCACAACGGCCGGUGGGUUCCAGGCUUGUACUCCUCUUGAAAAGAGCGCAGCAGGGACCGCUGCCUGGCUCGCACUCGGCUCAACUCCGGGACCUGCGGAGCGCGGCUGGACCGCGUCCAGAUUCCCGCCGACUUCAUCCAGAGUGACCCAGGGCCCCAGCCUGUCCUCCUGCACCUCCUGGAGUUCUAGCUUGCGGUGCAUCUGCGCCGAUCCCGCAACGCCCAGGUCCACGCAACGCCCCGGGCCGGAUGGGGAGCGCGCCUGCCGCUGCUCCUUGAUAGCUGACGCUGCCGCCGUCCAAACUGCACACAGAGGUCCCCCACCCGGAGCCUAGUCCUUGCCGGGGGUGGUGUCCGAGACGCUGGAGAGCGCGCACCAUGAAGUCCGCGCUGUGCAGCCGCUUCUUCAUCCUCCUGCCCUGGAUCCUGAUCGUCAUCAUCAUGUUGGACGUGGACCCCCGCAGGCCCGCGCCCCAACUCACUUCUCGCCCCUACUUCUCUCCCCAUACAGUGGGUUGUGGAGGCUCCCGAGUCCCGCUCCGGCGGAGCAUCCCGGGGCGUGAUGCUGCGGUGAAGCGGAAUGAGUCUCGGCCACGGCUGCAGCCGGAGCCGCGCUUGCCCACCAUCUAUGCCAUCACACCCACCUACAGCCGCCCCGUGCAGAAAGCCGAGCUCACCCGCCUGGCCAACACCUUCCGCCAGGUGGCGCAGUUGCACUGGAUCCUGGUGGAGGACCGGGCGACGCGCAGCGAGCUGGUGAGCCGCUUCCUAGCUCGGGCCGGGCUGCCCAACACGCACCUGCAUGUGCCCACGCCGCGGCGCUACAAGCGACCGUGGCUGCCGCGCGCCACCGAACAGCGCAACGCCGGCCUCGCCUGGCUGCGCCAGAGGCAUCAGCAUCAGAGCGCGCAACCUGGCGUGCUCUUCUUCGCUGAUGAUGACAACACCUACAGUCUGGAGCUCUUCCAGGAGAUGAGGACCACCCGCAAAGUUUCUGUCUGGCCUGUGGGUCUAGUUGGCGGGCGACGCUAUGAACGUCCAUUGGUGAAAAAUGGCAAAGUUGUUGGCUGGUACACUGGAUGGAGAGAAGACAGGCCUUUUGCCAUCGACAUGGCUGGAUUUGCCGUGAGUCUGCAAGUCAUCUUGUCCAAUCCGAAAGCUGUAUUUAAGCGCCGCGGGUCCCAGCCAGGGAUGCAAGAAUCUGACUUUCUAAAGCAGAUCACAACAGUGGAAGAACUGGAACCAAAAGCUAGUAACUGCACCAAGGUUCUCGUGUGGCACACUCGGACAGAGAAGGUCAACCUAGCCAAUGAGCCAAAGUACCACCUGGACACAGUGAACAUUGAAGUGUAGCCGCCAGGACCAGCAGGUGAGGAAGUCUGGAGCUUCGCCUGCUGCUCAUUCAGGUACUGGUCCUUUGCCUCCAGCCUUUCCUGUCAGCCAACAGACAUCCAUUUCGACAGCUACCUGGAUGCUACAAAAUGUGUUGUCUCCAUCUGUUCUGCAUGUGUUCUCUGAAUUGGAAGAUGUUUGUACAGUGAAGCUACAUGACACUGAAAAGAACACCAGGGUAUCUCACUGCUCCCUCCCUCCCUCCCUUUCACCAAGACAUCUCAUAACUGGUAGAAUGAAAUAGGUUUUAGAAUAUUCUGUCAAUUAAAUAUUCCCAAUUAAAUUCCUGGCUUUACAACAUGAAAUAUUUGGAAAGCUGAUGGCAGUGUACACUGUAGGAAAUAAAACCCACAAAUAAAAAAGGUGUGUGGAUUCAUCUGUUUAAUAUAGGGAAAUAACAUUUUAUCAAUACUAGGCACCAUAAAAUGUAAACACAAUUACUGUCAUAAACCUGGAUAUACCUUCAAGGAUUAAAAGUGGCUUUGUUUUAGUUACCCUGUGUGCAUAUAGUGCAGAUAAAGGUCUUCAUAUUAGCACUAUGUACAUGAGAAGAGGUCCACAUUACAAGAGGCAAUGGAAAUUUGAACUCUGAAACCUUCAUUGAGUUUUACAGUACCAUCCAGGUUUAUCUGCGUUCACUAACCAUGUUCCCUGUUAAGCACAUCAUAACAACAGCACAGUGGAGUGAGUGAUGAAUAAAAGAAUUUGAUACACUAGAAAACAGUGCUCAGUGAUACAUUUACAUUCUAUUUAUAUGAUUAAACAUUUGAUCAUACAGUACCUUCCUACAGGAUUACUGGCUAAUUUGGGGGUGGGGUUUAUACUGUUAGAGGUAUUACUAACAUGAUAACUACUUCCCUUAUAUGCAAACGUUAGAGCUAUAAUUUUGAGAAUAAAACCGAUUAUGCAAGUUAACUGAGCAGCUUCUCAAUGUGGUUUAUGACAUCAUGGGAAAUAUGAGCAAAGCUGCCCUCCACAUAAGAUGGUUUCUCAACCUGCUUUCACAUCAAAUUUAAUCAGCACAGACCAACACGGUCAAUCAGGUAAUUCUUAAUGUGAACAAAUGGGGGAAAGAAAAAAUAUGUAUGUACAUGAAUAAAUGGGAACUAGAUGCCUUUGUAGCGAGGAAUGUCAGGUGUCAGUUCUGGAUGAAACUCCGUGGCAGCGUCUUACUUCCACAGCUGCGUGCUCAGCGUCUGCCCCGACGAGCUUCCCGACCACCCCGCUGUCGUGCUGGGGGGCUGUCCGAAACCUGCACUAGCAUUUGCACUACUGAGGUUCAUGGCAGCCAUCUGCUGAUUCAUCUGUGAAACACAAAAGGCUCAGUUUACAAGGAUGAUUCACUUUUCACUCUUGACUCUUUAGCUAUAGCCAGACACUUCAUCGGAUGUGAAAAUUAGUCCAGACACUGGAGGUAGACCACACAGAAGUCUAUCUACUGAAAUCAAACAACUACUUUUUUCUGAGUUAGGCAUUACUUAUAAAGUGACCCAUAAUUAGUUCACUUUCUAGAUUAACCACAACUGAAAAACACACCAAAGUAAUCUUUGAGUUUGUAUCUGACUGAGUCCAUCACUCUUCUGUGACUCCCAAGGACUUGAGAAAUUUUAGAAAGUAAAACAUCCUAAAACUACCCUAAUAUUUACAAAAUACCUGUAAUUCUCUAUUAACAUCCUAAAUGGCCCUAAUAUACUUCCUAAACAUUAUAAAGGUCACAUAGCAUAUGUUUUAGGUUUUAUGUUAUAGUGACAAACAGCUAAAAUUGAAUUUUACUAUAUGCUAUACAAUAAACUGUAUGCACUUUUCUUCCAGGCUCGAAUCCAGUAUACUUAUCAGGCUCUUAGCACAGUGGUUCUCUCACUACCCAGUUUGGUGACAGAACAAGAGAUGCAGGAUUUACGGAAAAUAGUUCCAAACCUAUGCUCAACAUUAACUGUGUUCUUUGUGCAGAAUUUUAUUUUUACUGUUUUGAAAACCCAAGACAUAAUAACCACAAAUGUGUCUACAGGCAGGCAGGUUCCAUCUUCCCUUCUGCUCAUGAAGACUUAUAUGACCUUGCUGACAGAACUACUGUUCCUCACUAGCUCUCCUGUAAUUUAACCUGAGUUGAGCAAGCCUCAGCAUCAUGGUCACAAAAAAGUUGCUACUAAUAUCUGACACAAUUUUUGAGGCUUCCAAUGCAUAAGCAUUGUGUGUGUAUAUUCCUAUACACCGCAGAGGAGCACUUGUAAGAUAUGCAGUGGUUUUGUGAAUGCUAGUUAGCAGGCAAUGUUCUGAAGGGGUCUUAGUGGUCCUGGUUCCUGUAAGAUUCAUGGUGGACCAUCAAGCAGGAAAGGGACUGGAACCAUGAGCACCAAAUCUCUGUGUGUGGAACGACAACAGAAAUGUUACUCCUUGCUUUAACCUAAGCCAGACAGACAUGGAAUUUAUCAGUGAACACCUGAGGUGAGCAUGUUUACACUCUCACCACCGGGGUUCCUGAGCCAAUGGAUGUCCCUCAUAAGUCAACAGGCAGUAACCACGUGACAGAGGCAGCCUUGACCCCCUCAUCAAACUGUGCUUUGAGAAUAUAAAGCUGGAUUUCUUUCUCAUUGAUAAGAAUUAAUAAAAAA